AAGAGUGUAAAAUGGUCUCCUCCUAUCAGCCAUCAUGUCUGGGGACAACAGCUCCAGCCUGACCCCAGGAUUCUUUAUCUUGAAUGGCAUUCCUGGGCUGGAAGCCACACACACCUGGAUCUCUCUGCCAUUCUGCUUUAUGUACAUCAUUGCUGUUGUGGGGAACUGCGGGCUCAUCUACCUCAUCAGUCAUGAAGAGGCCUUGCACCGGCCCAUGUAUUACUUCCUGGCCCUGCUCUCCUUCACUGAUGUCACCUUGUGCACCACCACAGUACCUAAUAUGCUGUGCAUAUUCUGGUUCAACCUCAAGGAGAUUGACUUUAAUGCCUGCCUGGCCCAGAUGUUUUUUGUCCAUAUGCUGACAGGGAUGGAGUCUGGGGUGCUCAUGCUCAUGGCCCUGGACCGCUUUGUGGCCAUCUGCUACCCCUUACGUUAUGCCACCAUCCUUACCAACACUGUCAUCGCCAAGGCUGGUUUUGCCACUUUCUUGAGGAAUGUGACACUCAUCAUCCCAUUCACUUUCCUCACCAAGCGCCUAUCCUAUUGCCAGGGGAAUUUCAUCCCCCACACCUAUUGUGACCACAUGUCUGUGGCCAAGGUAUCCUGUGGCAAUUUCAAGGUCAAUGCUAUUUAUGGUCUGAUAGUUGCUCUCCUGAUUGGUGUAUCUGACAUCUGCUGUAUCUCUGUAUCUUACACUAUGAUUUUGCUGGCUGUUAUGAGUCUGUCAUCAGCAGAUGCUCGUCACAAAGCCUUCAGCACCUGUACAUCUCACAUGUGUGCCAUUGUGAUCACCUAUGUUCCUGCUUUUUUCACUUUUUUCACUCAUCGUUUUGGAGGACACAAUAUCCCUCACCACAUACACAUCAUCGUGGCCAACCUUUACCUGCUACUGCCUCCUACCAUAAACCCAAUUGUUUAUGGAGUUAAGACCAAACAGAUUCGGGAAGGUAUAAUUAAAUUUUUACUUGGAGACAAGUUUAGCUUUACUUAUGAUAAAUGAAACAUAGACUAGACAUAUUGUUUGAAUUGGGAAGAAAAUAA